UGUAUGUCAAUGUCAUUUAUUUGUUUAUUAUUGUUUAUGGCUUUUUAAAAGUAGAAAGUUACGUAAAGAUAAAAAAGAUGAGUGAAAUUAAAACUUUAACAUAGAUUAUAUAUUUAUCUCUAUAAAAUGUAGUACUUUUUAUUACUGUUAAAAAUGGAAGUCUCUUUAGAAAUUACAAAUAAUGGAUGAAAAUUCGGCUUUAUGUUGUUGCGAAUAUUACGAUAAUAAUUACGAAAGGAAUCACAUUUUAGCUUGUUGUUGUAACUGCGAGGACUUGGAUGAGGCCUUCGAAAGUUUGAUUACCAGGCAUGCAGUAUCUCAAAGAAACAAGCAAGGCUUAAUUAUGACUCUUCAAGAUCGGCUUAGAGUCCCCUGGAAAGGUGGUGCUAAACAAAUAGCUUUCGAUGCAAUUUUACCAGUAUUUAUACUACCUGUUAUGCUGCUCAUCGCUUCUAUAAGUCUUUGGUGGACAAUAUUUUCCUUUACCACAGUAGUAUUUUUUUUAAUACUAAUAUCGAACUUUUUAAUUAAAACAAUUCCAUAUACAAAGUUUUUCUUCAUGUGGACAUUGACAUCACUCAUCAUUUUGUAUAUUAUAUUUGAAUUUAUUGUAAUUCCUUUUUUGGAAAUUUUAUUGUGGGAAAAUAUCGCUUUAAGUGUACUUAUAUUUGGAUUUAUUAUGUGCAUAUAUGUCAUGAAAAAAAGAACUAAUAAACUGCCGAGAUUAGGCGAUUGUGAUGCUGAAAGUGGGUAUGUUGGAAAGGUAUGCUGUAAAUGGACCAAUUGCUCAUUAUGCCUAGUUAGAGUUCCUGAUAAGGACCAUCAUUGUGUUUGGUAUGACUGUUGUGUGGGAAAACAUAAUCAGUGCGUUUUCAUUUUAUCAUUAUUCUUUGCUAUAGGAGCGUUAGUCUAUAGCUCAAAUUUGACAUUAACUUCAGUAUGCCAUCCUUUUAAUCUGUACAAAUCUAUUCUGCUCCCGGAUGAUUGCUCUGAAGUUUAUAAAUUAUUUGAAUUAAGUUUCUCGUUUGUUUCCGCCAUCUACAGUAUCAUAAUUGCUCUACUGUUAUUAAUCCUUUUUGGGCAGCAAUUAUUGUUAGUGUCGCUGGGUUUGACAUUGAAGGAAUGGGCGCGACUGCCUUUGAGAACAAGAUUGUGCUUUGGAUUGACAGCUCACAGACCUAAUAGUAAAGGAUUCUUUAAAAAUUGGAAAGCUGUCAUUUGCUGGAAUAAAUUAUUACUGAAAUCAAACGUAUUAGAAGUUGACAGUAUGUAAUAAAUAUAUUUUACCUAUGAGAAAUUGUUCAAUUACUUAGCCUAUUGUAAUAUUAAAC